GAUAUCUACAGCUAAGCUGAUAAGUGCGUGAGAAAGCAGCAGUGGCAAGCUCUAGUAAACUGGACGCGGGGUAAAAAAAUAACAAACUGAAGACUCGGCACUUGUUUUAAAACAAGAGGGCACUCGGAUCGCGGCGUGUGGUGUCUGAAGGCCUCGGCCGUGUCCAGGGUAUGUGAGGGACCCGGCGUGGCAGGAAUUGUUGAACACCUGUUGGAGCCGCUUCCAACCACCGGCAGCAAGGCGUUCGCUUGUAUUUAAAACACAUUGCGCCAUACGCACAACAGAGUCAUCGUCGCCUCUUUCCGCUAGAACUGAAAGGAUUGUCAUUGAACUCUAUAGACGCUGCCAUUUGAAAUAAACCUUAAAGAAGGACAAUGCUCCGAAAACAGCGGACCCUCGCCGUGUGGAUGAAACAAUGGAAAGAAUCUCAACGACCAAAGAAUACAGUUGUUCUAACCAAAAUGAACCUCUACCGGAACUUUGGAACACUUGCCGAAUCCUGGGAGAAGGAAUAUCACUCCAUGCAGCAGGGAAGCAUGAGCAGCAAAAGUGGGGGACGACUUAAAAGCCGGACUGGUCCAACCCUUUUAAAGUCCGAAUCUGAAGACUCAGGGGUUGAAAUGGCAAGCGGUGACCAUUCUCCUUCCACCCCUCCAGAGUCUGAGCACAGUUUCUUUAUGGUGGACCGUGAUGGUUUACACGUUCCUAACUUGCUGGAUGUUAGGUUAGAAGAAGAAAAGGGGCGCAAACGAAGCAACACCGAGAUCUACAGGACCACUGGGGCAGAUGAGCCUUUUUUUGUACCCUGGUCGUCAAGCAAGCCACUAGAACAGCGACUGUUUCGAAAUGGCUCAAAAAAAGCAAGGGAGACUGAGGUUAGUUUGUGCCGCUCCCUGCAACAGAAUGGACAAGAGUUGGAGCAUACAGCUAUGGAGACAGUCCAGCUGGCGACAUCGGCAGUGGAGGAAAACGCAGCCUCAAAGCAAUCAGGAAAACGAUCCACUGUGCAGAAUUCCCAGAGCUGGGAUUCCCUGGAUGAGUUUCUAGAGGCUUGUUGGAGUGGGGAUGUGGUUGAUGCAGGACAAAAAGUGACUGUUCAUCCUGGUGGUGGACUGGGUUACCUGGAACAGGUAUGCCGAAUGUUGGAGCAUGUUGCACGUUUGCAACAGGAAAACCAGCUGCUGCAGAAAGAGAAAGAGGCUGCAGAGAGCAGGUUACGUGCUGGCAAUGUAGAAGAGUGUUUGUGUGGGUCAGCAGAGGACUUUACCGAUUCCAGUGUAAAACGACGGAGUCAUGUGGACUUAGCAAGCCAGCUGCCAAUGGAGGAACCUUUCCUGCCCACCCAUUUCAGAAAGAGGUCAUCUUCAGAUACACGGGCAUUCCUGAACUUUGGCAGAUCACUUGAUGAAGUGUUACCUUCUCCUCACUUUAUUAGCACUGGAAACCUCUUGGAGUCCUUAUCAGAGCAUCCUGAUCAUCAUACACCUAUUCAAAAGAUUGAGCACAAACACUGGGGGAAGGUGAGGGAUUUGGUCAGUCGCUUUCGGAAAAAAGCGGAGAAGCCAGCAAUGCUUAGACAAUCAAGUGCGCCAGUUGACGACAACCAACCUAAGAAGUUUGCUCCAAUAUUCAAGAAGAGGGAGAAGAACUUAUCUGUACGUUAAAUUAAGAGAGUGCACUGAGGGGACCACAAAAAAAAAAAAAGGAGAGAUGCCAUCCUUGUAUCUAUUAGAUUUGAAGGAAGCCACAACUUGGGAUGGAGGGGUGACAAGUAGACGUGAAAUAUGUCUGGGACGCCACGUAAACAAAAGAGGAGCAUACAGACACACGCAUCUAAUUUGGCAUAGUGUUAUUUUUCUUGCUCCUUGCAUCUGAAGUGUGGAGAACCAAUUUAUUCGACAUCAUCAAAACCUGCAAGUUAUUCUGUGCCUUCCCUCAUUUUCUGCAUUCUUUGUAAUUACUACUUUACCCCCUGUUUUGACAGAUGGAAAUGGAACAGGCGUAUCUACUGCAAGACUUUCUGAAAGACUUUUUAAUCACUACCUAAAAAUUCUACAAAUAUGUAUAUAACUGUGUUUUUUAUUACAAGAGAGUGGCUUUUAUGGGAUAGAUUAAACUUCCUGGUUCUGACAAACCUACCUCAAAGACCCCUGUGGCCACCUGUUUUUGCCAAGGGUAAAUUAACCAAAGAAACUGGUGCUUAUUUGGAAGAGGAGACCAAGAACCUGCUGUUUAAUGUUUAAAGCUGCUAUAUGCCACUUUUUAAGUUUUGCUGCUAUGGACCCACAACCUUUCGUAAAGCACAAAAAAGGCCACAGUGUUCUAGAAAUACAUUUGAGUGCACUUAUCCUGAGAAUGAGAAAGUAGAGAGGCUUAGUACAUUAGUGUAGCGUGUUGUUUUUUUUCUCAGCCACGCCAUUCAGGACUGUUGUGCCAUUGUUAUAUGUCUAGUUUUAUUAUCAAGGACAGAAAAUGCCUGUAUAAAAUUAUCACAUUCGUUGCUGCCUUGUAAAACAUUGAAUUCUUCUGGUUAUUUGCUCAUUUGUAUCGGAUGAUGUUGGUAAGGCAUUUCUAGGUCAAGGAACAAACACACUCUAUUUCUUUUUGAAUUGCGUAAAUGAAGACAGUACUUCACAGCAUUGAGUGCUUUGGGUUAGUGGCGUAGAAGAAUCUACGGAAGCAAAUAUUUUUUUUAAAAUGACAUCUGUGUUUAGUGCCUGUCUCGGGGUAUACCACACCCUUUGUAGUACAUGCUACAUUCUGUGCAGUGCUUGAUUGAAAGAAAAGUGUGUGUCUUGCUUUUUACCUAAGUUGAGGGGGGGGGGAUGGCAAAUGAGAACUCUGAUUCGUUUUUUUUAAUUGUGUUGCACAGAUGUAUAUAUUUUUUUGACGCUAUUGAUCUCUAUGUACAACCUGUUGAUUUAUUUAUUCACACUUUGUUUCUACAGUUUUUUAAUAUUGAUAUUCUGUAUUUAAAUGUUUUUUAAUUGUACAUACUGAGAAUUUCCCUACAAACUAGUGCUUAUUAAUAAAGAGAUCACGUUUUCGUAA